GAGCCCACAGCAGCGCGGGCGGUGGCGCGGGCGCGAAGACUCGGGCAGCCGCGGCUGCAGGCGACCCCGAGCCGCGCCCCGGAGCCAUGGCCCUGAGCGAGAUGGCACUGCUCCGCUGGCUGCAGGAGAGCCGCCACUCCCGCAAGCUCAUCCUCUUCAUCGUGUUCCUCGCGCUCCUGCUGGACAACAUGCUGCUCACCGUCGUGGUCCCCAUCAUCCCAAGUUACCUGUACAGCAUUGAGCAUGGGAAAAAUGCUACAGAAAUCCAGACUGCCAAGCCAGUGCACACGGCUGCCACCACGGGCAGCUUCCAGAGCAUCUUCUCCUAUUACGACAACUCCACCAUGGUCACUGGCAACGCCACUGUGGAUGCUCAGGGGGCACAGCCUCAUAAAGCCACCACACAGCACAUGGUGACCAAUGCGUCCACUGCCCCUUCCGACUGCCCCAGCGAAGACAAAGACCUCCUGAAUGAGAAUGUGCAGGUUGGCCUGCUGUUUGCUUCCAAAGCCACCGUCCAGCUCCUCACCAACCCUUUCAUAGGACUGUUGACCAACAGAAUCGGCUAUCCAAUUCCAAUGUUUGCGGGAUUCUGCAUCAUGUUUGUCUCAACGAUCAUGUUCGCCUUCUCCAGCAGUUACGCGCUGCUGCUCCUCGCCAGGUCGCUGCAGGGCGUCGGCUCCUCCUGCUCGUCGGUAGCUGGGAUGGGCAUGCUGGCCAGCGUGUACACAGAUGACCAAGAGCGGGGCAACGCCAUGGGGAUUGCCCUGGGAGGCCUGGCCAUGGGGGUCUUAGUGGGUCCCCCCUUUGGGAGUGUGCUGUAUGAAUUUGUGGGGAAGACAGCUCCAUUCCUGGUGCUGGCUGCCUUGGUGCUCCUAGAUGGAGCUAUUCAGCUCUUUGUGCUCCAGCCGUCACGGGUGCAGCCAGAGAGUCAAAAAGGGACCCCGCUCACCACUCUGCUGAGGGACCCCUACAUCCUCAUUGCCUCAGGGUCCAUCUGCUUUGCAAACAUGGGGAUCGCCAUGCUGGAGCCUGCCCUGCCCAUCUGGAUGAUGGAGACCAUGUGUUCCCACAAGUGGCAGCUGGGCAUUGCUUUCUUGCCAGCCAGUAUCUCUUAUCUCAUUGGAACCAAUAUUUUUGGGAUACUCGCCCACAAAAUGGGGAGGUGGCUGUGUGCUCUUCUGGGAAUGAUAAUUGUUGGAAUCAGCAUUUUAUGUAUCCCUUUUGCAAAAAACAUUUAUGGACUGAUAGCUCCCAACUUUGGAGUUGGUUUUGCAAUUGGAAUGGUGGAUUCAUCAAUGAUGCCCAUCAUGGGCUACCUGGUAGACCUGCGGCACGUGUCCGUCUAUGGAAGUGUAUACGCUAUUGCAGAUGUUGCAUUUUGUAUGGGAUAUGCUAUAGGUCCUUCUGCUGGUGGGGCCAUUGCAAAGGCAAUUGGAUUUCCAUGGCUCAUGACAAUUAUUGGAAUAAUUGAUAUUCUUUUUGCACCUCUCUGCUUUUUUCUUCGAAGUCCACCUGCCAAGGAAGAAAAAAUGGCUAUUCUCAUGGAUCACAACUGCCCCAUUAAAACAAAAAUGUACACCCAGAAUAAUAUCCAGUCGUAUCCAAUAGGUGAUGAUGAAGAAUCUGAAAGUGACUGAGAACUUCAAAAGUCAUCAAAGUAUUUAAAUUGUAUAAAACAGUGUUUCCAGUGAAAUGCCUCAUCCAGAACUUAGUUGUACCACCCAUCUCUGGUGAAACUGUAAAGCAACCAAAGGUUAUUAUUUAUUUUCCACGGUUAUGAUCGAUUGCCAACAGCCUUAUAAAGAAAAAGAAGCUUUUCUAGGGGUUUGUAUAAAUAGUGUUGAAAACUUUAUUUUAUGUAUUUGAUUUUAUUAAAUAUUAUACAAUAUAUUUUGAUGAAAUAGGUAUAGUGUGAAUCUAUAAAUAUUUGAAUCCAAAUCAAAUAUAAAAUUUUAACUUACUUUCAUGAACACUUGGCAAAAAAACUCCUCUAUUUUUUCUGAAUAUUGGUAAUGAGUACUUAAAACUAAAGCAUACAUAUCUGAGACUUUUCCAACAAUGAAAAAUUAGAAGGAAGUCUGAAGAACAGAAAUCAAAUAAGACAGUAUGUUAUAUAGUGACACUGAAUUAGUGCUGAGUUACUGGUAAUUACUAGCAAUAUAUCUGAGUUAAUAGUAGUUAUUUUGAGUGCAGAAGACAACUUGAGUCAGUCAUCUUUUAGAUAUACCCAUAAAUAUUAGCUGGCUUUAGUUUUCUAUGUAAUUACCUACCUGGAAACAAAUGAUUGUAAAUUAUAUGUUUACAUGUUAUGUGGUUGGUGGCAAACAUUAAAGCUGCAGAAGGAAAAAUAGUAAAUGUUCUAAAAACAGAUAAAAGUACUCAAACAUAUAGUUAUGAACAACUAGAAGCUUUCUCUUUAAGAUACAUACCAGAUUGUAUCGCUGGAUGAAAGAAAUUGAGGAUCUAUGUACCUUACACUGUCAAGGUUACUUAAGCAACAUCUAGUUCAAAUUUAAGAAAAGAUAUCUAAAAGGCUAAUAGCUACUAUGACAUGAAAAACCAGACUACAGUAUCUUUGACCUCUCUGGAGGUCAUUCAAAAGUGUUUUGUAGGGAUCUAUUAAUUUCGGAUUGUCUCAAACUAUUAUUUUCUAGACUUCUGAAAAUCGUUCACAUCAAUGUGAAAACAAAUUUUAAGUGAAGAUGAAAUAGUCUUAAAUCACGUUAUGAAAAUAGGUUAAAAAUAAUAGAGUGGUCAGGAUAUAACCCCUUUUACAGGCAGAAAAGGAACAUUUUUGUGUUAACGUACCAUCUAGUGCUGUGUAAGUUUUAAGCAUGACAACGUUGAUGUGCCUUUUCAAUGUAUCAGUGAAUACUAUGCUUGUGAAAAUUUUAAGUUUAUAUUAAGUUUUGUAUGGGGUGUGUUUGGAGUGUGACAAUAGUAUGGAGUAUGUCUCAAAUUAUACUUGUAGUUAAUUCUGCAAUUCUGUAAUUGUAAACAAAAAUUACCUGUUAAGCUAAAACUGUUAGUUUACCUGGAUAUCAAGCAGCAAAAUACUUUAGAACAAAGACUCAUCAGUUUAUGACUAGUUCUUGUUCUCUAGGGAAGUGGCUAAUACUUCAUUUCCUUUUGCUUUAUGAAGUUCUUAUGUGGGGUUUAGGAUGAUGCGAAGUCAGGUUUCCAAGUGCAGUGUUUUCGAAGCACUCACUUACUCUACUCACCUAUUUGCAAUGGGCAAUUUAUACAAGUCUGCUACUUUAGAAGAUGGCUCUGGAGGGACUCAUAUGGUUCAAGUAAAAGGCAGGAUUAUUCUCUACUUCUAUAGGGGAAGAGCUUUAAAAAAUGUGCUACAAACUGAUUUAGAGGGUAUGUGCUUCUCCCCACCCCCCAUACCAGAUAAUUUUUAUUCCUAUUUUAUUUUUGCCUUUAAGGCUUCAGUAUCUUCAAUGACUGGCAAAAUGCCUGCUGUUGAUCCCUAGGGAUAAUUAAAAAAAAAUGUGAGCUUUUCAGAACGGUUUGAGGAGCAAAAGGUAUCAGUAAUAUGUGAGGAAAAAAAUUGUAAAGGUCUUGUAUAUGACUAACAUUCUGGCUUAGCAAGACUGUGAAGAGAGAGAUGUUUUUUAUUAUGUAUGUACCAGAACAAAGAAGAUACAGCCCUGUGAACAUUUAUCUUUUGAACAGAGGUGGUUUUUAUGUUUGUACCUGGUAAUGCAGAUUAAAUAACAAAAGCCUUAAUGAGGUAGCAAUGAAUAUAUAAUUCUUUCUUUUGACUGCUAAGUAUGUCUGUCCAAGUCAUUAUUAGCUAGAAUAUUUUUAGCUAGUCUACUUAAUAAAUA